AUGUCCAGCCCGGCUCAGCCCGGCUCGCCGCAGCCCCUGCUGGCCGGUCUGGAGCCAGACGCCCCAGCCCCGGAGCCUCUAGAGGUCACGCAGGCGCCUAGACCAGCUCCAGCAGGAGAACUUCCUGACCCCCCGGGGCCCCACGCCCACCUCGAAACCCCAGCCCGGCCCCGCACGUCGGCUGCGGCGGGGUGCUCCACGCGGGUCCCCGCACACUUCCAGCCCCCCCACACCCCGCCAGCGCCUGCGGGCCCCCCACACACACCCCCCCGGGCACAGCGCUGCGCCAGGAGCCGGGCCGGGUGCGCUCGGCCCCGCUCUCCCCAGCCACGGUCCGGGGCCGCGGGGCUCGGCGGCCAAGGCGGAGGGGAGGAGGGAAAGCACCGGGAAGAAGGCGGAGCAGGCGGCGGGGCGCUCGCACUUGCCUGGAAAGCGCCUCCUCUAGAGAGAGAGAGAGGGAAAGAAGGGCUUCCCCGACGAGGAAACGCCCCGAAGAGGCCCCCAGGGCCGCCCCAACCCCCGACACCCCCGCCCCCCCACAACACCCCACCACCACCAAACCGCCCUUGCCGAGCGCCGCGGCCCCGGGGCAGGUUAUCCGAGCUGCCACCCCGGCCCGCGUUCCGAAAGCGGAUCCUAGAGGAUCGGCCCCCGGGGCUGGCACGGGGACUCGCGCCCCGGGCGCCCCCAGCUCGAGCAACAGGCAGAGAGCCUCGGGCUCCCGCGGCGGGCUCCCGGGACGAGGACGCGGACGGAAAGGCGCCCGAAGCUGGCAGCCCCGACCCCAUGCUGGGGUCCCCCCCUCCACCCCCCACGGCAGUCAGUCCCUGGCCACCGCACCACCUGCCCGAUCGGCAUCCGCCACCUGAACCCACGAGGCCCCCACCGGAGCCGCCACAAAGUAAGGGGGAGGUGGGCGCGCGAGGCGAUAAAGUUGAGGGGUCACCCCGGGAAGUCUCUGGAAGCCGCGGGGAAGCCGCGGGGCCGUUAGCAGGUACCUGCAGGAUGCGUCGGGCUCGCUCUCCGCCGGCGACGCCACCCGCGCUCCGGUGCUGCAGGGAUCAGCUGGGCGGCGCGGCCCCGCGCGCGCCGGCCGCCGCCGCGGCCCAGGGGGGGGAGCUGGGUGGCCCCAGCCGGUCGGCCCCGGGUCAGAGUCCCGCCCGGCUGGAGCUGCGGGCGGGGCCGGGCGGGGCCGCCGCGCCGUCACCGCCCCGGGGCUCUCAGCUCCGCCCGUCUCCUGGCACCCAGCCUGGCAGGAGGGAGCCCUUGGUCUUCCCUGGCCCCGGGCGCGCUGGUGGUUGA